AUGCCAUCUCAUCUCUUUUCCUUAUCACAUCACAAAUUGCGCGAAGAACCCACUACCAUCGAGAUACUGCGCAAGCGGCUUGCUGCUAUUUCGCUUGAACUCGCAGAUGCAAAGGACGAUCUUGAAAUAUCACAGGCACAACUUGAGGGCACCCUAUCCUGUCUUUCUGAAACUCAACUUGAGCUGAAGAACACUAAGGAUGCUCUUGCCAAUAGCGAGCGUGCACGCCUGGAGGCCAACCGCGACCGAGUGUUGAGUCGCCCUUAUGGAAAGCAGGAGGUCUUUGCUAUUUUGAAGUUCCAGCAGCCUCAGCCAUUGCCUAUUGGAGGCUAUCGUCUCUUUGCGCUGCAGCGCAAGGCUGUCGAUCGUACCUUGGACCAGUUCAUUGCUGACAAUCCUGACCUCGACCCCGUUGAGAUUGCAGAGUUGCGAUCUGAUCGUUCUCCAAGAGGCGAAAACGUUUACCUACAGAUGAAAGAUGACGUGGCUGCACCAAUCGACUUCAGCCGCCGCAACUUCGUUCUCAAGGAUAGCAAGACUGAGGAGGAGAUGAUCGUUUAUGUUCAAAAGGUCUUUAACACUCAUACUCAGGAAAAAUAAGAAUCAUUCCCAUGAUAGUCUAUUGUUCACUCGAUAACAAAAUAAAAUGAAAUUGCUACUCAUAUACUAU